AUGGCUUCCUUCAUCGCAAAACUUUCCGAGGAGACCAACAAGUGUAAGGAUUUCAUCGAUCGGAGCGCUAUCAAGACGCUGCGAUUUGAAGAGGACAUGGCCACCACCCACCAGAUUCUGGGUCCCCUCUUCAGAGACGCAGUGCCGUCGCCUAUCGCAGAUUCUGGAUCGAACAAAUGUUUGGUCGAGAAUAUGCCGGUGGCCCAGGCUCUGGCUAGUGGUCACCUUCUGGCGCUCAGCCCGGCUAUUCUUGCCAACCUUUUUCGUUGCUUGGCCGAGACGACCAUCAACAAGAUUGAUCCGCACCAGAAUGGGCCCCUCUGGGUCUUUCAACUCUGGCUGCAGGUCUACUUCUCCACUCUUCGGCCUGAAGUCCCUACCUUCCAGCGCUCGGCCGCCCUUGGCCCCCAACUGGCAUCUCGACCGGCCCCUCCUAACCGGGCCGACGAGGUUCUUAGGCAUUUUUUUGGCCUCGACGUCCUUUCGGAUGACGAGUUCUUGGUGUGCCGGCACCAGGAAUACCCUGCCUCGAUCAGGCUCCCGACGGCAGCCUGGGCCGAGAUCGAGGACGCGGGCCUCCGACAGUCUUGGGGGUCAAUCGUACUGGCUCGCGACCUUCCCCUGGGUUGCGACGCCCGCCGAGCCAGCUGGGAGGUCUACCAUCCUCACUUUGUCGCCCGGCAACUCGGCUACCUCCAAGGUUGCCCCGUUCCUCUGCUCGCUUCCCGUUCCCUCUUGAGCCGGGGGCGCCUUUCUGGUUCUUCCGAGAGGGAAUGCCGGUCGACGGAGCAAGAAUUCCAGGAUCGGUGUAAGAAGUUCCGUCUUCGCCCAACCGUUCCGGAAUCCUUGGGCACCGAUACCUUUGGGGAUUGGUGGGAUGCGUACAUCUGCGACUUCUUCGGCGCCUCAAUCGAAGACGUGGUGAGCAAAGUCUUUGGCGACCGGCCGGGACUAGCACCCUCGACCCAACCUAAGGAGUCGGCUCAAGGGGGUCGUGGGUCGAAGAAGGCCGAAGUGGUUGCCGCGGCGGCGAGAGUGAAGAAGGUGGUGCCCAAGAAAACCAUCGCCACUGAGCGGACAGCCCCCUCCAAACGCCUCCACCGAGAGGCCGAGCCGGAGGUUGAUGUCCUUCGCCCUUCUAAACGCGUCAAAAAAUUGGCGAAGAAGGGCGACCGGGCGAUCCAUGUCGUCCCCAGUGAUGCUACUGGGACGCCUGCCUCUGACGGCUCUCCUGUGCCGGCUACCCCGGCAUCUCUACUCCCGAUCCCUCCAGCCGUUCCCCUUCCUGGCGCCACGGCCGAUCCAAUCGUCGCACCAUCUCCGGCUUCGGAGCCGGUCGUGGCGCCUGCAAUGGCCAAACCGGCUGCGCCCGUCGAUGCACCCUCGACUCCCACGGUCGUUUUGGAGGUAAAACUCUACUUCCACUUGUUUCCUUAGGUUUCGGGUCGUAAUGCUAAAUGUUCUCUUUUUGUUCAGGAUGACGAGAGCGU